UAGGUGGGGAGGGAGAAGAAAGGGGAGAGGAGGAAAACGGGGAAAGACAGAAACAUCAGAAACGGGGGUAGGACGGUGGACAAUUUACGCUUUAAAAGUUGCAUCAACAACAACUCCAAGAGCUGCGGCGAAGAGGAAUAAAACAAGAUGAUAACGCCGUACUUCCUAGAGAAUUUCUGGGGAGAAAAAAACAAUGGCUUUGACGUGCUGUACCAUAACAUGAAGCAUGGCCAAAUAUCCACCAAGGAGCUGACGGACUUCAUCCGAGAAAGGAGUACUAUCGAAGAGGCCUAUGCCAGGUCAAUGACCAAACUUGCCAAGUCAGCUGGCAACUUUUCUCAGCUUGGGACAUUUGCGCCCAUGUGGGAUGUGUUCAAGGGCUCGACGGAGAAGCUGGCCGGCUGUCACAUGGAGCUGGUGAGGAAACUGCAGGAACUUAUAAAAGAUGUGCAGAAGUACGUGGAAGAGCAGGCCAAAGCACAUAAAAAGACAAAAGAGGAAGUGGCAUCCACCCUGGAGGCCGUCCAGAACAUCCAGACCAUCUCUCAGGCUCUGCAGAAGUCCAAGGAGAUCUACAACGCCAAAACCGUGGAGCAGGAACGCCUCCGCAAAGAGGGGGCCACCCAGAGAGAUGUGGACAAGGCCGGAGUGAAAGCCAAAAAAGCCACAGAGACGUACAAAUCAUACGUGGAAAAAUACGCCACGGCCAAGUCGGAGUUCGAGCAGAAGAUGGCAGAAACUGCGCAGAAAUUCCAGGACAUCGAGGAAAGCCACAUUGUCCACAUGAAGGACAUCAUCCACUCGUACUCGCAGUCCGUCGACGAAACCCACGUCCAAAUAGGCGAGGUCCACAAGGAAUUCGUGAGGAACAUUGACAACACAUCAGUGGACAGUUUAAUACAGAAACUGGCUGAAAGCAAAGGAACAGGAAAGGAGAGACCAGGACCUAUUGAGUUUGAGGAGUGCAAUGCGGCUAUUGCUACUGAAGGUGCCAAACCCAGGAAGAGAAAACCAUUCGGGAUCCCAGGCCGGAGGAAAGACAAGGACACCGACUCCACGGAGUCUACAGAAGUCGAAGCUGCUAACACUGCCAACGGUGCUCCCCCAGGAUAUUAUGGGGCCAUAGACAUCCAGAAUGCUAACGUCCCUCAGGUCGACGCAGAGGGUUUCUGCAUCAGGCCAGAAGCAAACGAAAACGAUGCCAAAGAGAAUUCCUUCUACUCGUCCAGCGACUCGGAGGACGAGGACGAGCCCAGGAAGUUCCACGUGCAGAUCAAGCCCGUUCAGCCGAACAACGGCACGCACCAGAACCGAGCCAACAUCGACGAGCUCAAGGCCUCCAUCGGAAACAUCAUCCUGUCGCCCUCCACCUCGGGACAGAUGCGGAGGAACCAGUCCAGGUUCACAGGAGCACCUACACUGAGCUCUAAGGCUCAGGGUGAUGAACUAGCUAAAAGUAGAGUGCCAACAUCAUAUGAACUGACUAACAACGACCUUCUGUCCCUGGACCCGUUCGGCCCAGUCGGCUCGUCCUCUUCCGUGUCAUCGUCAGCAGACCUUGCCUCUAUCCUCCUUUCAAUCCCUUCAUCUCCAUCUUUUCUGCUGAAUGACUCUGACUCAGAGGUCUUUCUGCCAGAGGCAUCAGUUGAGACGUUGCGACCACCGGAGCCCUCUCCUCCCCUGGCGGAGAGCCAGCAAUCCAAAGACGUCUCCUCUUUCUCUUCGUCCACAUCCUCUCCCUGGGAUUCGCCGGAAAACCCCUUCCAAGCGCUCAAGCCCGUCCCGGCGAGGGCCCAGAGCGCCCCCAUCACCCGGCCCGCCGAGCCGGUCGACCCGAUCAAAAGCCCGGCCACCACCGCAGCCGCCGCCAGCCCCCCGACGAACGCCGACGCCUCCUCCUCCGUGUCCUGGUCCCAGAGCCAGUGGAUCGCCUUCAGCGAUAACUUCGCCCCGGCUCGGCGUCCGGGCUUGGGCUCGGGGUCGGCUGUGAAGGAGCUCCAGAGGACGCAGUCGGGCCCCAGGAGGUCGAGCCGCUUCCUGUCUGACGAUUCCGCCGACGCCUACUGCAAAGCUAGCAGGGAGGACGGCGGCCUCUGUCUCACCGACGUCUUCUCCGGGGUUACAGAUAGGGCAGUGUCUGCAGCCACGACAGGCAAAACAUUCACUGUGCCAGUACCGAACAGACCUACGACCCCUCUGGCAGCUGGAGCGCUCGUGCCCCCCCCACGACCCUCCUCCAGGCCCAAACUCCCGACGGGAAAACUCACAGGAAUCAACGAAAUCGUGCGGCCAUUCAGCCCGCCCAAAACAUCCAACGCCAGCCCCCCGCCUACAGCGCCGCUGGCCCGGGCCGAGAGCUCCUCCUCUUUGUCCUCGAACGCCUCGCUCAGUGCCGGCAACACCCCCACAGUCGGAGCCGAGCACACCUUUGCCCUCCCCCUCUCCUCCCCAGAGCCCGAGCUGCUCUCCCUAUCUCCUCUCUUUCCGCUAAGCCAAAAGGACGAUGUGUUCAUAGCGAAGCUGCCUACCUUUGAGAAGCGGUGUGAAACGCCAGCAGGGACGUCUCGCGGCCCCAGCCCUGUGACGCUGGGGUCCCAGGAUGCUUUGCCCAUCGCCGUGGCCUUCACAGAGUCGGUUAAUGCGUACUUCAAAGGAGCUGAUCCCACUAAGUGCAUCGUGAAGAUCACUGGAGACAUGACCCUGUCGUUCCCCAUGGGCAUCAUCAAGGUGUUCACCACCAACCCCUCCCCCGCCGUCCUCACCUUCAAGCUGAAGAACACCAGCAGGCUGGAGCAGAUCCUACCCAACCAGCAGCUACUAUACAGUGAUCCUUCCCAAAGUGACUCGAAUUCCAAGGACUUUUGGUUCAACAUGCAAGCACUGACGUCCUACCUCAGAAAAGCCUCGGAACAGAAUCCCUCAGCUUCCUACUACAAUGUGGACAUCCUGAAGUACCAGGUGCAGUCCGAUGGGAUCCACUCCACUCCUCUCAACCUGGCCGUAUACUGGAAGUGCACGCAGAGCACGACGGACCUGCGGGUGGACUACCGCUACAACCCGGAGUCCAUGGACGCCCCCGGCCCCCUCACCAACGUCCAGAUCCUGGUGCCCGUGGACGGAGGAGUCACCAACGUGAACUCUCUGCCCAACUCCAUAUGGAACUCGGAGCAGAGUAAGUGUCUUUGGAAGCUGAGCGACAUCUCGGACAAAUCAGAAAAUGAAGGCGCUGGAUCUCUAAGGGCCAAGUUUGAACUGUCCAGCGGUCCAUCGAAUCCCAACACUCUGGCAGUGCAGUUCAUGAGUGAGGGGAGCACCCUGUCUGGAGUGGACAUGGAGCUGCAGGGGACCGGAUACAGACUCUCUCUCAACAAGAAGAGAUUUGCCACAGGACGUUAUAUGGCAGAUUGCUGAGGUGACCCACCACUCUGGUUCCCAAGAGAAAAAAAACAAACAAAACAAAACAAACAAAAACGAAUUAAUUUCGCUCCACUCAAAACUUGACGACUCCCAGAGGCCUCCUGAAGCUCCGGAUCCACCCCGAGCUCAGUAGUCGUCCAAGUUUCAUCCACGAGGCGAGAAUCUCACUACAAUAAAACAGCACUGAGUACUGAACACUGUUUAAAAAAAGAAAAAGAAAAGAAAACUUAAGACGAGCUUUCAGGAAAUGUGUAGAUAUGAAGUCUAAUGAUGCUUUCUGAUCAAUUCAUUUUUUUUGUAUAGUCAGAAACAAUUUAUGGUUUAGUUAUAAAUCUAUAUUGUAUUUGAAAUCAUAAAAAAAAGGAAAAAAAAGUGCACUAACAAUCUUUCAGAUGCUCUUUUUCUCUUAUAUUCGUGGAGAAUUUAAAACCCUUUCUGUAUGGAUGAGGAGAAAAUAUUUCUUCCUCCUUCUUCUUCUCUUUUUCUCUCUGAACUGUAAAUAAUAACACUGAAUAUUCGACCAGCUCUGACUCUCAGAUCAACUGUUUACUGAUUUUUUUUUUUUUUUUUAUCCUUUGUUCUCCUCCUCACGAUUUGUGUACGUGCAAUGAAGCAAUGAAGGUAGAAUCUGUCUUAAACCGUACUCACACACACACACACAAAUACUUGUGGAGUAAUCUUUACAAAGAAUAUUGAAGUGCUUUCAAAACAAAAAUGCAAAAAAGAAAAAAAAAAGAAUCUGACCUCAGUGCCUCCUCUUACUUAUACUGUGGAAUAACAGGCAACAAAUGUUUUUUUUUUACGCAGAUGUUAAAUGAUCUGUCAUCACUGUAGUCUGUAAAAUUUGUAUCCUUUUAAAAUCCCCUCUCAGUCAUUUUUAAGACCUUAACUUUUCAACAUUGGUGUCAAAAUCGAAGCACAUUACCCCAAAUUCAACUUUUUUAAUAACCUGUGAGAUUUAUUAACGCAGAAACGUGCCUGAAUCUUAACUUUCCACUAUUUUUUUUGUUUUUUUAUAUAUAUAUAUAUACGACAGCACAGUUUUUCUGAGAAUGUGCCACGUUUUUCCUCCUUUUUCUGGAUAUCGAAGGGAAAAUUGCCUCCUCUUUCUUUUUGUUUAAUCCCAGCUGUCUUCCCCGGACAUGAAUGAGUCUCGUGAUUGAGACCGAUCAACUUACUGUUUUUUUUUUUUUUGUAACUUUUCUAAUCAAGCUCGGUAGCAGCGGUAGCAGCCAACGAGGCCAAAUUAACGAUUGAAAUGCCUUAACCGCGACCACUCGACACUGAGUAAUCCAGUGUCGUUAGACGUCACGACGCAGCGCUGCCACUUCCCUGCGAUAUACGACUCACCUGUCCUGCCUUCUAACGCGACGCGCGCUGGGAUAAACUCCAGCCUCUUGCGACGUAUGAACAGCACAAGUAGCAAAAAAAAUACAUUUUUUUAAAUGGACGGACGAGCGGGAAAAACUGCCACGUUUCAACACUCGGUGCUUUACUCUUCGCUUCUCGCUGGUGUGAUUUGUCUUUUCCACCGGGCUCGUCCUCGCAGCGGUUCCUGAAAUUAGUCGAUGUGUUCGAGUUGUCGGAGGAGGGCUGCCUGAAAGCUGUGACUGAACAUUGCUGAGACCUUUUUUUUUUUUUUUUUUUAACGGCAGUAGUUUUGUACACUGUGCGUCAGUUUGGGCCAAGUGACCUCUGGAAGAUCAUGUUAGGAAAUAAGGAAGUUUCGACAUCAGACUAAUUUUUACUGUGUCCUCUGUGCUAUAAAAACUUUGCCUGUUGUAGUUUUUUAACUGGUUUACAACCGAUUUAGACUCAUAUCCGUACUUGCCUGGUGAUGCCUUUUUAAUUUAAAACAUAUCUGUCCAAGGUGAUUAUAAUGAUGAAUCAUGUUUUUUUGUUUUGUUAUUAUUUUAAAUGUCCCUUCUUGUACCUGGUGUAAGACUUUUAUUUUUAAGUUAGGAGCAGGCACUUAUCUUGAAUGGAUUAUGAAAAAAACGUCAAUUUAAGUUUCACUAACUUUUUUUUUCUCUCUUACCUGACUCUGAAAUUUAAUAAGCCAAAUGUGUGAAGGCAGUUGAAAUGAGUUUACAUUAAAUCCUAAAAUUGUUGCAGCAGAUAUUUGUACAGUGAGAAAUCAACAUGUUGCUCUGUGUUCUCUCUGAAUUAUUAAUCGGCAUCAAUUCGUUUAUCAGCGGUGGUUUUGGUCAGAUGAGGCAAAUGCGUUUUAAAGAAGAAGAAAACAAAAGAGAGUACUCAGAUUCUGUAUUUGUGUUCAGUAUUAGCGAGCUGGUUCUCGCUGCCCCUACAAAAGUUUCCAAAAAAAAAAAAAAAAAUCAUCCGAGGCUCCUUUUACGGUCACCUUUCCCAAACCUUUCUUGUAUUUGUUGUAUUAAGCAGAGUUUAAAAAAGAAAAAAGAGCAACUUUGUGUAAAUGAUUCUCAGACAUUUUUACCAAUAUUUCAGCCACUUUUUGUCUCUAUUUUAUGAUUUCUCAUUGUGCCUGUAUUAAAUGUGUAAUAUAUGAAUAUAUACAAAUAUAUGAAAAUGACUACUUUAAA